CGAUAAUGAUGUCAUUCACAAUCCAAAAGCUAAAAGAAAACAACACUUUAUCUAUCAGUAUCAGCUUCAAUUAGGCCCUUCAAUCACCAAUCCAUGUCUUUUUCUCUUAUAAUCCCUUAAAUUCCCGUAAAAAACCCAUUUUAUAUACCAUCAGAAAAUGCUAGAUCCAGCCUCCGAUAUGCUUCCGCCGCCGUCUUCCCCCACCAUCUCUUCCGUUUCCUCUUCUGAUCUCGACACUGAGUCGACAGGUUCAUUUUUCCAUGAUAGAAGCACUACAUUGGGUACUCUAAUGGGUGUGAGUUUUCCGGCCAUUACUUUCCGAGCACCGUCACGGCACAACCACCGCGAGACGCAACCCGCGAGCCCCGGUUCUUCCACGGCGAAACCCAAGAAGAGGAGGGCGUUGACGGCGGCUUUCGGGUCGGAGCGUUCAGGUAGACGGCGGAGGAAGUGGUGGCAGAUUUGCCGGGAUGGGGAUUCAAAGCCGGCUUCUCUGGGUGAGUUUCUGGAGGUUGAGCGGAGGUUCGGCGACGGAGCGUUUUACGGUGCGACGGCGGAACUGGAAGGAGUGAUGGGGACGGGUCACGAUGAGAAUCACGAGGCGAGGAAUGGACGGUCGUUGUUUGCUGAUGGAAGGGUGUUGCCUCCUCCUUCGGCGGCGGCAGCUCCUCCGGCAGGUGAUGACGACGACGAGAAAUCGACGGCUCUUUGUAGAUUCCCGGUGUCGCUCACGGGGAUAUGUAGCGGAGGCGUUGGAUAAAGUGUACUUUUUUGACUUUUCCACUCCUUUACCCUUUCAUUUUUUAUUUGUUUAAUUAUAAUCUAAUCCACCGCAUUUAAUUUUUAUCUUUCUUUAAAAAAGACAAUUUAAUUUGGCUUUAUUUAUUCCAAUCAUUUAUAUUUUCUUCUUAA